GGGAGGCAGCGGCGCGUUUCCGGGAGGAAACAACAAAAACAAACCAGUUCCUUUGUUAGAACCCGGAGCGGCACGCGACUCUCACCGGUACCAACAACCGACCAAUCAGAGGCGGCGCGAGGAGAGACUACCUGGGCGCGCGCUCAGCGGCACAGAGCAGUUAGUGACGGAGGAGGAAUGGAGCUGGGUUCUGACUGGUUUUAAUGGUUAAACUGGGUUUGUUGCAGAGGAGGAGGUUCAUCUGACCGGAUAGAGAUUCACAGCAUGGCAGGAAACUGGAUUCUCCCUGGAUGAACACUGGGAGCACUGGGAGCACUGGGACUGGAAAACCUCCCAGUUCUGUAACCACAGGAAGGAGGAUGCUGGUUCUGGUUCUGGUUCUGCUGUCCGGGUUCUGGAUGGUGAUCCAGGGACAGAGUCUGGACUACAACAGCUGGACCGACCAGGCGGUGCUGUCCGACGGCCUCUGUCGCUAUGGCAACGGCGUGGAGUGCUGCUGGGGCUGGAGGCGGACGGAGCGGGACCGGUGUCAACCUGACUGUCAGCAGGGCUGCAAACACGGAGACUGUGUCGAACCGGACAAAUGCAAAUGUCACCCAGGAUACACCGGAAAAACCUGUAACCAAGACCUGAACGAGUGCGGAGUGAAGCCGCGGCCCUGUAAGCACCGCUGCAUGAACACGGCCGGCAGCUUCAAGUGCUUCUGCCUGGACGGCUUCGCCCUGCAGCCGGACGGCAGCUGCAGGAAUGUGCGGACCUGUUUCCAUGCCAACUGCCAGUACGGCUGUGAGGUGAUGAAGGGCGAGGUGCGGUGCACCUGUCCGUCUCCAGGGUUACGGCUGGGCCCGGACCGCCGCUCCUGCGUGGACGUCGAUGAGUGCGCGCUGGGCGCCGCCUGUCCGCGCCGCAGGAAGUGCGUCAACACGUUCGGGAGCUUCUUCUGUAAAUGCCAGCUGGGCUUCAAGCUGACGUUCAUCGGCGGGCGCUACGCCUGCAUCGAUAAAGACUCUCGGUCGUUCUGCUCCCUGAAUCCUUCCUCUCCAAAGUGUCGCUGUAAAGAUGGCAGCUGCAAAGGGAUUCUUAAAGUGACUUUAGAGCCACACAGACCCAGAACUACAAUUUCCAUCACCACCACAUCUGUUCCCACUACAACCACUGUUCCCAUUACAACCACUGUUCCCACUACAACCACUGUUCCCACUACAACCACCGUUCCCACUACAACCACUGUUCCCACUACAACCACUGUUCCCACUACAACCACCGUUCCCACUACAACCACCGUUCCCACUACAACCAUUGUUCCCACUACAACCACUGUUCCCACUACAACCAUUGUUCCCACUACAACCACUGUUCCCACUACAACCACUGUUCCCACUACAACCACACCCACCAUCACCUCCACCUCUGCUUCCACCACCGUCUCCUCCACCGCUUACCAAACUACCGCUGCCUUGACGACCACUGUCAUAGCAACCACCUCAAUGGCUACCUCUAUCGUUGCUAUGACAACCGGAUCCCAAACCACACAGCUUGCAACGACUGUCCCAACAGCUCCACCUACCGUCCCAGCUUCCGCCGCUACGACUGCUGCUGCGCCUACGGUUGCUAUAGCAACCACGACGCUGCCCUCCACCACCAGCGCCAUGGUGACGACAACGCUGAACAACCGGAUCAACAAGGACGUGACGCAGCGGCAGAGAGGAGACGUUCACAUUCCUCGGCAACCUGGACGAAACCACGUCUGGGAGUUUGACAUCGAGCUGGGAACCACGGCCCAGGACGCUCAGGACGACCCCGCGGCCGGUGAUCUGCGCUGCAGCUUCAGUCGUGGCGUCUGCGCCUGGAUCUCUGAGCGAGACGGCGAUCUGUCCUGGGAAGUAGUGGAGGCUCCUACAGGUGGGCGGUACCUGUCGGUCCCGGAGCUGAAGGAGGGCCAGCGCGGCGUCCGAGGCGCCCGGUUGGCCGUCCAGAUUCUCCCUCUGUGGAACCAUGGCGACGCCUGCUUCUCCUUCUCCCAUUGGCUGACGGGGCGUCAGGUGGGAGUCCUGCAGCUGUUCGUCCGCAAGAAAGGACGGGACCAAAGGUAUGGCUCCGCCCUCUGGAGCCGGACAGGUGGGCACGGCUGGAGGCAGACACAGGUUACCUUGGAGACGGAGUCAGUGGACAAAGUGCUGUUGAAGGCCGAGCGAAGGCCCGGUCGACAAGGUCAGAUGGCGGUUGAUGAUGUCACACUGAGACGCGGUUCGUGUCGAUGACAUCAUCACUGGGAUCUCAUUUAAAGGGGCGGUCUGCUAUUUUCUAACUGGUUAAAAACUUUUCCAUCUCUGGCUGCAGACCUCGAUGCUCAGAUCAGAUUGUUUUGUUUUGGUUUGGUUGUUUGCGUUACUUUUAAAAUGUCGCCUCCAUCUGACCUCAGAGUGACCUCAGAGUGACCUCAGAGUGACCUCAGAAUGACCUGAGGUCACUCUGUCUGACCUCAGAGUGACCUCAGAGUGACCUGAGGUCAGCAGGAAGCUGUGGGGAGGAGCCGCCAGCGGUCGUUGAGGCCGAGGCGUUUUCUUACUGCCUCAGGUGAUGAAGCCGUUUACAGGUGGAGUAAAACCUGAACAGACUCCGCCUUAACGCCUCACUGCCUCUGCUGUUUCCAUGGUGAUUUUAAGUCCCGCCCUGUUUUGGUUCUGGUUCCUGUUGGGAUGAAAUAUGAUGAGUUACUGUGACUGAGCUCCCAUCGAUACAUUUUAUUUAUUUAAACAUAUUUCCAAACAGCAGACCAGAUUUAUAACUUAGAAAUGAAAUAAUCUGCUGAUAAUCCCAAUAAAUUAAUAAUUACAGAUUAUUGAUGUUUACAGUUUUCAACCCAGAUGGUAAAACAUUGUUAAAUAAUCUGCAUUAAAUCAUGUUUAUUCAUAAAAGUUUACUGUAAUAUUCAAUGUUUAUGUAAAUAAAAGCUGUUUG